UAUACCAUGCUUAAACCAUGUACAAUUUCAUAGUUCUCUAGCUGCUUUUGUUCAACAAGUACAAAAGUAUUGAAUAUGGCGGGUGAUGAAGAUGAGCGAGCACUGAAAUGGGCCGCGAUAGAGCGGCUACCGACUUUUGAUAGGAUGAAGAAAGGGUUGAUCAAGCAGUUGAAAAAAGAAGGAAAUGUGGUGCAUGAAGAGGUUGAUGUUACAAAGCUUGGAGCCCAAGAAAGGAAGCAUUUGAUAGACAGUGUGCUCAAAGUUGAGGAGGAUAACGAGAGAUUCUUGAGGAGGCUUAGGGAAAGGACUGGCAGGGUAGGAGUUGAGAUUCCUAAGAUUGAAGUAAGAUUUGAGCAUUUGUCAAUUGAAGGAGAUGCUUAUGUUGGUACUAGAGCACUUCCAACUCUGCUCAAUGCCACCUUAAAUGCUAUUGAGGAUGUUCUUGGACUUGUGGAACUCUCUCCUUCAAAGAAAAGGGUUAUAAAGAUACUCAAAGAUGUGAGUGGAAUAGUGAGGCCAUCAAGGUUGACUCUACUCCUUGGACCUCCAAGCGCAGGAAAAACAACAUUGCUAAAGGCAUUAAGUGGAAAACUUGAUAACAAUCUAAGGGUAACCGGAAAAGUCACCUAUUGUGGCCAUGAGUUUUCAGAAUUUGUUCCUCAGAGAACAUGUGCUUAUAUCAGCCAGCAUGAUCUUCACUAUGGCGAGAUGACAGUCCGCGAGACAUUGGAUUUUUCAGGACGUUGCCUUGGAGUUGGCGCGAAGUAUGCAACAUUAGUUGAGACAUUGAGGCGCGAGAAAAAUGAAGGUGUUCAACCAGAUUCAGAUAUUGAUGUCUUCAUGAAAGCAACUGCUGUGGCUGGUCAGAGCACAAGUUUGAUCACUGACUAUGUUCUCAAGAUACUUGGAUUGGACAUUUGUGCUGAUAUUAUGGUGGGUGAUGAUAUGAGGAGAGGUAUCUCUGGUGGGCAGAAGAAACGUGUGACAACUGGGGAAAUGUUAGUUGGACCAGCAAGAGCAUUUUUCAUGGAUGAAAUAUCAACAGGCCUGGAUAGUUCAACCACAUUCCAGAUUAUCAAGUACAUGAGGCAGAUAGUUCAGAUUAUGGAUGUCACAAUGAUCAUAUCUCUCUUGCAGCCAGCUCCCGAGACAUUCGAGCUUUUCGAUGACAUUAUCCUACUUUCAAAUGGACAAAUAGUUUACCAAGGUCCACGCGAUAAUGUGCUUGAAUUUUUUGAACACAUGGGCUUCAAAUGCCCAGAAAGGAAAGGUGUUGCAGAUUUUCUUCAAGAAUUAACUUCCAUAAAGGACCAAGAACAAUACUGGUAUAGGAAUAACCAACCUUACAGAUAUAUAUCUGUACCUGAGUUUUCGCAGGCCUUUAACUCUUUUCGCAUUGGCCAAAACCUUUCUGAAGAGCUAAGAGCCCCUUAUGAUAAAACAAAAGUCCACCCUGCAGCUCUGGUUAGAGACAAGUAUGGCAUUUCAAAUUGGGAACUCUUCAGGGCAUGCUUCUCAAGGGAAUGGCUGCUGAUGAAGAGAAAUUCUUUUGUUUACAUUUUCAAAACAUCUCAGAUAACAGUCAUGGCUGUGAUUGCUUUUACUGUGUUCUUUAGAACACAAAUGAGAACUGGAAGAAUACAAGAUGGAACAAGGUUUUGGGGAGCAUUGUUUUUCAGUCUCAUUAAUGUCAUGUUCAAUGGGAUGGCAGAACUUGCAAUGACAGUCUUCAGGCUUCCGGUUUUCUAUAAACAAAGAGAUUCAUUGUUCUACCCAGCAUGGGCUUUUGCCCUGCCUAUUUGGCUACUUAGAAUUCCAAUUUCACUCAUGGAAGCUGGGAUUUGGAUUGUUCUAACAUAUUACUCUAUUGGUUUUGCACCUGCUGCUAGCAGGUUCUUCAAACAAUUAUUGGCUUUAUUUGGUGUACAUCAGAUGGCUCUUUCUCUCUUCCGAUUCAUUGCGGCUGCUGGCAGGACAGCAGUUGUUGCAAACACACUUGGUGCCUUUACCUUACUAUUGGUUUUUGUUCUUGGUGGUUUUAUUGUGUCUAAAGAUGAUAUCAAACCAUGGAUGCUUUGGGGAUAUUACAUCUCUCCUAUGAUGUAUGGACAAAAUGCCAUUGCUAUCAAUGAAUUUCUUGAUGAAAGAUGGAGCACUCCCAUAAGUGGAUCAAGCCAGCCAACAGUUGGGAAGACCCUUCUUAAAGAGAGAGGCCUUUUUGUAGAUGAAAAUUGGUAUUGGAUAGGAAUUGGAGCACUUCUUGGUUUUUCUCUUCUUUUCAAUGUUCUUUUUAUUGCAGCAUUGACAUUCUUAAAACCUUUUGGCGAUUCGAAGCCUGUAGUUACAGAUGAAGACUUCGAAAAUCAUACCAAAAAAUCCAAUUUGGAAGGAAAUGCUGGAGAAAAUGUUGUAAACAAGAAAACAGUACUGGCCUUGCCCUUUCAGCCUCUAACACUUGCUUUUGACCAUGUAAAUUACUAUGUAGAUAUGCCUGCGGAAAUGAAGAAGAGUCAAGGAGCUCAAGAAACCAGGCUGCAACUGCUAAGAAAUGUUAGUGGUGCUUUCAGACCUGGUGUGCUAACUGCACUAAUAGGAGUCAGUGGUGCUGGAAAGACCACCCUUAUGGAUGUCUUGGCUGGAAGAAAGACCGGUGGCUACAUAGAAGGAAGUAUAAGCAUUUCUGGCUAUCCCAAGAACCAAGCUACUUUCGCUCGUAUUAGUGGUUAUUGUGAACAGAAUGACAUCCAUUCACCAUAUGUUACUGUCCAUGAAUCUCUGCUAUACUCCGCAUGGCUGCGCCUUGCUUCAGAUGUGAAGAAGGAAACUUGGAAGAUGUUUGUUGAAGAAGUCAUGGAGCUGAUUGAGUUGAAGCCAUUGAGAAAUGCUUUGGUUGGACUUCCAGGAGUUAACGGUCUAACAACUGAACAGAGAAAAAGGCUUACUAUAGCAGUAGAACUAGUUUCCAACCCUUCCAUUAUCUUCAUGGAUGAGCCAACUUCAGGCCUUGAUGCUAGAGCUGCUGCAAUUGUUAUGAGAACAGUGAGAAACACAGUAGAUACAGGUCGAACCGUUGUAUGCACAAUUCACCAACCGAGCAUCGACAUCUUUGAAGCUUUUGAUGAGCUGCUAUUGAUGAAAACUGGAGGUCAAGUUAUAUAUGCUGGACCACUUGGUCACCAUUCACAAGAUCUUGUUGAAUAUUUUGAGGCUAUUCCAGGGGUUCCCAAGAUUAGAGAGGGCUAUAAUCCUGCUACAUGGGUCUUAGAAGUGAGCUCUAAUGCUGUUGAGACUCAACUUGGCAUAGAUUUUUCACAAGCUUAUGCCAACUCUGACCUCUAUCAGAGAAAUGAUGAGCUUAUCAAGCAGUUAAGCACCCCACAAGAGGGUUCAAAAGAUCUUUACUUUCCCACUAAAUACUCUCAAAGCUUUAUGACUCAGUGCAAAGCUUGCUUUUGGAAACAACAUUGGUCAUACUGGAGGAACUCUCAUUUUAAUGCCAUCAGAUUCUUCAUGACAGUUGUUAUUGGUAUUAUGUUUGGAGUGAUCUUUUGGGGCAAAGGAAAUAAUAUACAAAAACAACAGGACUUGCUUAAUCUUCUUGGGGCUACUUAUGCUGCUGUACUUUUUCUUGGAGCCACAAACACUUCAGCUGUGCAAUCUGUAGUCGCAAUCGAAAGAACAGUCUUCUAUCGCGAGAGAGGGGCCGGAAUGUAUUCUGCAUUUCCUUAUGCAUUUGCUCAAGUGGCUAUAGAAACCAUUUAUGUUGCAAUUCAAACCAUGGUCUAUUCUCUUUUACUAUAUUCCAUGAUUGGAUUCCAUUGGAAAGUAGACAAGUUCUUCUAUUUUUAUUACUUCAUUUUCAUGUGCUUUACCUACUUUUCAAUGUAUGGAAUGAUGGUGGUUGCAUUAACUCCGGGCCAUCAAAUUGCUGCCAUUGUUAUGUCCUUCUUUCUCAGUUUUUGGAACUUGUUUUCCGGCUUCCUCAUCCCCAGACCGCUAAUUCCAAUCUGGUGGAGGUGGUACUACUGGGGUUCACCAGUAGCAUGGACAAUAUAUGGCAUUUUCACAUCCCAAGUUGGUGACAAAAAGACUCUGAUUGAAAUUCCUGGUGCAGCACCAAAGGCAGUGGAUGAGUUCCUCAAGGAACUUCUAGGCUUUGAGUAUGACUUUCUUGUAUAUGUCAUCUUUGCCCAUGUUGGUUGGGUUCUUAUCUUCUUCUUUGUCUUUGCUUGUGGCAUCAAGUUCCUUAACUUCCAAAAGAGAUAG